AUGGAAGACAUCGCGGCAAAAGUCGGUCGCCCAGCAGAUUCCCUGGUUCUGACAUCCGGUGGCGCUGUCCUCGAUCAGCGUCAUCCCUUGUUGCAGCAAGUUCACAAGGAAGAGAUCACUUGUGUCGUGCAGGGACUUGGCGCCGGUCGUGCUGCAGGGAGUUGGGAGCGGCUUCUGGCGAGGGAAGCUCUGUCUGACACGGACGUACACGUUCUUAGCGAAACGGUGUCAUUCAGUUUCGAUAGCAGCUUCAACCAAAGCUUGGAGGGAAUGCAGCUGCCCAACAGCCUGUGCACGCUUGCCUUUGGCGAGAAGUUUAACCAGAACUUCAAGGGCGUCAAUCUACCCAGCAACCUGCAGACAUUGAGCUUUGGAUACCAGUUUAAUCAGAGCUUGCGAGGAGCUCGGCUACCGAACAGCUUGCGGACGCUGACCUUUGGCUUGCACUUCAACCAGAGCCUGGAGACAGUGCAGCUACCUGAACGAUUGCAAAACCUGACUUUUGGCGACGAGUUUAAUCAAAGCUUGAAAGGAACCAAGCUGCCCCACGGUUUGUGCUUUUUAAGCUUCGGCUACAACUUCAACCAGAGCUUGGAAGACACACAGUUACCCAGCAGCCUGCAGACCUUGACCUUUGGCAGCAGGUUCAACCAGAGCUUGGAGGGUGUUCAGCUACCCAGCAGCUUGCAAACAUUGGCGUUUGGUAACGACUUCAACCAGAGUUUGGAGGGGACCCAGCUGCCUGACAGCCUUCAGACGCUGACUUUUGGCUGCAACUUCGAGAAAGCGAUGGAAAAGGUCCAGCUACCUCCAGGCCUUCGGACUUUGACGUUUGGUCGCAGCUUUGGUCGUAGCUUGGAUGGUGUUCAGCUCCCGGCCUUGCAGACGUUGACCUUCGUUGAGUCGUGCUUCAACCAGAGAUUGGAGGGGGUGCAGCUCCCCAGCAGCCUUCAAUCGUUGACCUUAGGCUUGCACUUCAAUCAGAGUUUGGAGAGAGUGCAUCUACCCGAACACCUGCAAACGUUGACUUUCGGCUGCGAUUUCAACCAGAGCUUAGAGCAGGUCAUCCUGCCCAGCGGCCUGCAGACUUUGACGUUUGGCAACAGCUUCAACCGGAGCUUGGAGCGGGUCCAGCUACCGAAAGGCCUGCAGACUUUGAGCUUUUGCGAGUUCUCCCACUUCAAUCAGAGUCUUGAGGCGGUCCGUCUUCCCAGCAGCCUCGAAACUCUGACCUUUGGUUACUUUUUCAACCAGAGCCUGAGGUGGGUCCACCUACCCAGCGGCUUACGGACGUUGACCUUCGGCGAGAAGUUCAACCGGAGCCUGGAGGGAGUCCAGCUGCCAAGAGGCCUGCAGACGCUGAGAUUCGGGAAUCAGUUCAACCAGAGCUUGCAAGGAGUCCGGCUACCCAGCUUGCAGACUCUGAUCUGCGGCCGCGACUUCCUGCAGAGCUUGCGCGGGGUCGAGCUACCGAGCAGCCUACAGACGUUGAUCUUCGGCGAGUUCUCCUACUUCAACCAAAGCUUGGAGGGGAUUCAGCUGCCCAGCAGCCUUCAAAGCUUAACUUUGGGACGGCACUUCAAUCAAAGCUUGGAAAAAGUGCAGUUGCCCAAAGACCUGAGAAUGUUGACCUUCGACCACAGCUUCAACCAGAGCUUGGAAGAUGUCCAAUUACCCAACAAUCUGCAGCAGUUGACGUUCGGCAACGACUUCAACCAGAGUUUGGACGGCACGCAACUGCCCGACAGCCUACAGUCUUUGACCUUUGGUAACAGCUUCAACCAAAGCUUAGAAGGAGUCCACCUUCCGAGCAGCCUGCAGGUUUUGAUCUUUGGCACGGAUUUCAACCAGAGCUUGGAAAGUGUCCAGCUACCGACUGGCCUUCAGACUUUGACCUUCGGUAUGGCUUUCAGCCAGAGCCUCCAGGGACUUCCGCUACCAAGCAGCCUCCAAAACGUUAGUUGCAGGAAUGGUUGCAUAGUGACAGCCCAGAUGCCGGAA